AACGUUGACUAUCUGUUCCACCGACAUCAGUCAACUGCAACCAGUUUCGCAUUUAGUUCACACUAAAACCGAAUCAUUCUACUCAAGAUGUUCAAGCUCGCAGCUCUCACCAUCGUCUUGGUUGCCAUCGCCGUCCAGGCCGCACCCCAGAUGCCAUCGGUUCCGGAGAUACCGGCCACUCCCGAAAUGCCAGCGACUCCGGAAAUGCCUGGAGGAGCUUCAGGUGCCCCAGAAGUGCCCGCCACCCCGGAGAUGCCGGCCACCCCCGAAAUGCCAGCCGGCGGUGCCCCAUCGUCCGAGAACACCACCAUGCCCAACCUGCCGAACCGCAUCUCCAACCGUAUCACGAACAGCGUGAACCGCGUCAACAGCCGUAACUAAUCGGAGCACCCGGUUGAUGGCACACCGCUGAUGGAGAAUACUUGGCGAGAAUAAUGGAUGGGGGGCCAACGUUUGUUAAAGAACAGAAUUAGAAUGAAAUGAUGUAAAUAAAAUGAGCCUAGAGAGUA